CUGGAAGCUUCUCGUCCAGCGACUAUUACGACUACGUCUUGUUGCCUCCGGCGUAAUGAUGAAUAUGAACGACCUCCAGAAAGAGGAUUAAGCAAUUUCCAGAACGAACCCUCUGUCAUACCCAACUUCAACCAUACCUCACACAAGUCAUCAAAGAUACAGCCUUUUCACUCUCAGCUCACUACAGUUCUUUCCAAUAAAGAAGUCGAAUCCCGGUCUAGGCCGAGCGAAGCCUCUCAAGAUGGACGUGCAUCUUCUAACAUACGACCUAUCCCGUGGGCUUGCACGGCAAAUGUCCCAGGGCAUGCUUGGAUUUCAUCUCGAUGCAAUCUAUCACACGUCCAUUCAACUCAACGGACGCGAGUACGUCUAUGAUGGUGGCAUCGUUGACAUGACUCCGGGUACAUCUCAUCUGGGCCAGCCCAUGGAGCGCAUAUUCCUCGGAAAGACAGAACUACCCAUGGAGGUCAUCGAAGAGUUCCUAGAGUCAUUAAGACCAAUCUUUACAGCCGAGGCCUACGACCUAUGGAAACACAACUGCAACAACUUCUCAGACUCGUUUUCUCAGUUCUUGCUUGGGAAAGGCAUCCCAGAGCACAUCGUCAAGAUGCCUGAUGCUGUACUCAGCUCUCCAAUGGGCAGAAUGCUCAUGCCUCAACUGAACCAAGUAAUAAACUCCAACAGACAAAACGGUUCAAUCCUCGGUAUCCAGAACAAUCCAACUCCUCAAGGCUACGGAUCCGCACCGCAGCCCGCAAAACCCCAAGCAAAUAUCAGGGUCGUAAGUAGCUCACAGGAGCUCGACGCAGUCCUUGAAUCUGCCGCAAGGUCUUGCGCUGUUGUUCUCUUCACCUCCGCCACAUGCCCUCCUUGCAGGGCCAUUUCGCCCAUAUUCGAUGAAGUGUCUGCAGAGGCAGGCAGCAAGGCCACGUUCAUCAAAGUAGACGUUGCCCAGCUCACACCGCUUCCCGGGAAGAACUACCCUCGAGCAACUCCGACAUUCAUCACGUAUUUGCAUGGAGACAAGGAGAAUGAGUGGGCGGGCGCUGAUCCUGCUGCCCUUCGAGGCAACGUCCAGCUCCUGCUACAGAUGGCUUGGCCUCGGCACCCCCACGAGUCCCUCAAGCUUCCCAGCUUCUCCAACCCGAACGCAAAGCCAGUAUUAUUUUCAAAAGUACCGCCACUGGCCAAACUACUGUGCAAGAUGGGGUCGGCAGCAGAUGAACCAGCUGUGAAGGCAACCAAGCAGUUCAUUGAGGCCCGCGACAAGCAGGGUGCCGCCGCUGCAGUGCUCCCAAACCUGGGCGAAUCCUCGGCAUUUUUGCAGAGAUCAGUGCAGUCAUUACCCGUCGAGAUUCUUUUCACCAUCAUCGACUUGUUCAGAUGUGCGCUCGUCGACGCAAGAUUUAGCGGCUAUUUUGCUGAGGAAAAGGGGCACUCAGCUGUUUUGGCAAUCCUCAACCUCGUCAACUCACACAGCGACUGUCCGUAUGCCUUGCGAUUAGUUACACUACAAAUGGCGUGCAACUUCUUCUCCACGCCGCUCUUCCCGGAGGAAAUCCUUCGAAACGAGACUUUGAGGGCACCCGUUAUUCAACUGAUAUCUUCGAGUUUUCUAGACGACAGUCACAAUAAUGUUCGUGUGUCCGCUUCGUCCCUCAUGUUCAACUUGGCACUCUUCAGCAACAAAGCAAGACGUGAGAAGUCGGGAAACGUACUACCAGAUGGCGACGCAGUAGAGUUGGCUGCGUCGGUGUUGGAAGCCAUUGGGCAAGAGGAGUCUUCGCCAGAGGCACUGCAGGGCAUGCUUCUGGCACUGGGUAACUUGGUCUACUGCACGCCAGGUGACAGUGAAGUCUCGGAUUUGCUAAGGACGAUGGAUGCGGAGGACACGAUUCUGGCCAAGAAGAAGCAAUUCCCAAAUGAGAAGAUCAUUGUAGAGGUGGGCUCAGAGCUUCUGGGCAAGGGGCUUAGACGGCCGUAACUUGGCUUGCACAUUGGUAGCGAUAGAAUACACUAGACUGCGUGGCGUUGGGUACUGGGUGUUGACACCGUCAAAGAUGUGCCGAAUAUACACUAGACGUUUGUUUGCAGGGCGAUUUGUUUACACGAACGGGAGCACGAGUGUCUGUCAUCUGAUUCUUCCACAACACACCGGCAGCGACGCCUUUUCGCGCAACUUUGAGAAGAGAAUGCUCAUCCUUCGUCUUGCAAAAAUCAACAAUCGCUCGAUUGAAUCUCUUUUCUUUUAUUCCGCUGUUUAUCUGCCA